UUACAAGAAUAAAAGUUGGACAAUGGCUUUAGCAAUACCAAUACCAGAUAAAUUGCUGAGUUUUCUCAUGGAAAAGGUUGUUCCUGUACUACAAGCUGAGACACAAAAGUUUCAAAGUGUCCAUGAAUUACUAGAUGACAUCAAGAAUGAAAUGGAUAUCGCGAAAGAUUACUUGAAAAAGGCCGAGGUUAAGGUUGACAGAACAAAUGAUCAAACAAAGGAGCAGCUUAAGAAACUGAGUAAUUUACGAGCAUUGGUUUUUAAAGUUGAAGAUAUCAUUGACGACUAUAAGCUGCUCGAAUCAACUCAUCAAAUAGGAAACCAACAAGAAGAUGGCAAAGGGUGCUUGGUGGGAAUCUGGAAAUUAUUAGACCGAGGUUCUAAGGAAGUCGACGGGUUUAAGGACAAACGUGGGAUUGCUUGUUCAAUUGUAAGGAUUAAGUGGGCAAUGGAAAAGAUAAAAGGAAAUGGAAAAGGUUAUGAGGAAUCGAUUUUUACACUCAAGGAAGAACUAGGAUUAAUCCUACGUGACCCCGGACAUUGUCCCCUUUAUAAGGAUGAAGAAGAUUUUGUAGGGUUUAAGAAUCGUCAAUCAAAAGUGAUUGAGAAGUUGGACUUACAGAAUAAGAUUUAUGGUAAAGGACAGUUUGUGUUAGCUGUUUGGGGUCAGCCGGGACUUGGGAAGACGACACUUGUUCAGAAAGUGUAUGAGAAAGAGAAUGUUCGGAAGCAUUUCUCUUGUUAUGCUUGGAUCACAGCAACCAAGCCUUACAAGAAAAUGGAUCUUCUCAAGUGUUUAGCUAAGCAAUUCAUAACCAGCUCGAAUGCUGCAGUUGUAGACGACGAAUCUGCAAGUUGUUUGAAGGGAUUAUUACAGGAUAAUGGUGUUUCUGAAGUGGUUAUAGUUGAUGGUUUAAGGAAUUACCUUCAGAAAAAUCAUCCCAAAAACAGGUACUUGGUGGUUAUUGAUGAUGUAUCGGAAAUGGAGGAGUUGUCUAAGAUCAUUAAGGCCACUUUGGUACCGAGUUGUAGCGAAGGUGGUAGAAUUUUGAUGACAACAAAGAGUGAACGCAUUGCUAAUUACUGGAAGACUUCAUCUUCGUAUGGUGAAGCCUACAACCUCCAAGUUUUAUCUGAGCAAGAUGCUAAGGUUCUGUUCAAUAAGAAGGCAUUUGGAAACCAAGGAAAGUGCCCUCGAAAGCUGAAAAGUUUAAGGGAUACAAUUGUGAAAGAGUGUGAUGGUUUGCCUUUCUUAAUUGAGAAAGUUGGGGCAAAUUUCUCGACCACCCAUAAAUGGAUUGAGUUGUACCAUGAUUUCCAAAUCAAUCCUGUUUCGCCAAGCUGGAGCAGGGAAGUUUUACUCUUAAGCGGCUACCACGAAAUGCCUUAUCAUCUUAAGCCGUGUUUUCUAUACUUGUGCAUGUUUCCUAAAGGUUGCAAGUUUAAGAGAAUGAGAAUAGUCCGCUUAUGGCUUGCUGAGGGUUUUGUAGAAGCCAAGGAUCAUAACACUCGCGAAGAAGCUGCUGAAGAAUAUCUCAAUGAACUUGUUGAAAGAGGUAUGGUUCAUCUUUUGAAGAGCGACGAAACAGGAAGAAACAGGACUCUAAUACUUCCAUGUAUGUGGCAACAUAUAAUGGUCCCAAAGUUGGCAGAGUUAAGUUUUUGUCAAGUGUUACCACAAAAUAGAUUAAGUACAAACAAUCAAUGUCGAAGGCUUUCGAUUCACAAGGAUGCACCAAACACUGUCAUUCCCCAAGUGUCCGUUCAAUCCUUUCAUUUGUCCGCCUCGAAAAAUUUCCUAUUUCAUGGUCAUCACCAUUCCAGGAAGCUGAAUUCCGGCUAAAAGUACUUGACCUU